AUGGCCACGCUUCAUCACCUAUCGUAUCCGUAUCAUAUCUCCCUUGUCAACGAUCCGUCUUUGCUGCAUGCCCUUUACAAACCAUUCUAUCAUGUUAGCUCGCACUAUCCUGGACAUCGCGGUAUCUCAGCACCACGAUGCGACGUAACUGAAACCGAGACAAGCUAUCAUUUGGAUUGCGAGCUAUCGGGUGUCGCAGACAAGGGUGCCAUCCAUGUAACUUGGCUCGCGAACAAUGUCCUUGUUAUCCAUGGAAGUAUCGUUAUUGCCGGUGGUGGCACCAGCGAUAUUGCCUCUGCUUCUACCACAGAAUCUAACGCCAACGACGAACAUAUGCCCGAACACCAAAUGAAGCUCUUUCCCCGGCUUCUUGUGCAUGAAAGAUGCAUUGGCCCUUUUCAGCGAUCGUUCUCGUUCGCAGAUAAAAUCGACAAGGAGGCUAUGACAUUCUCAUUGCAGAACGGCCUAUUGCGCAUAAAUGUACCCAAGGCUAUCUUCCAAGACACGACAAACAGAGUAUUCGUGCAAUCCAGCACUGGGUAG